AUGGAGGGAAAGAUUGAGUCUGUCCAGGUCUUUGGCCGCAAGAAAAAUGCGACGGCUGUCGCUUAUUGCAAGCGCGGCAACGGUCUGAUCAAGGUCAACGGUACGCCGAUUGAGCUCGUGGAGCCCGAGAUCCUGCGCGUCAAGACGUACGAGCCCGUGCUUCUUCUCGGCCAGCAGCGUUUCGCCAACGUGGACAUCCGUAUCCGUGUGAAGGGCGGAGGUCACACCGCGCAGAUCUACGCGAUUCGUCAGUCCAUUGCCAAGGCUAUCGUUGCCUACUACCAGAAGUACGUUGACGAGGCUUCAAAGAAAGAGAUCAAGGACAUCUUGCUCGCUUACGACCGCACGCUCUUGGUUGCGGACCCCCGUCGCUGCGAGGCCAAGAAGUUCGGAGGUGGCAGUGCUCGUGCUCGCUUCCAGAAGUCGUACCGUUAA